AUGGAGGACGAGGAGAUGGAGAGGAAGGUGCAGCAGUACCUGCACCGCAAGGGAUUCCGCCUCGCCGAGCUUGCGCUGCAGGAGGAGCGCAACCGCCACUCCACAACCUCCCUCUCCGACGUCUCGCUCUCCAGGUCAGAUAAUGAUCCAGCAAGAUACCAUGAUGGCUAUAAUAAAUUAAGAACAUGGGCAUACAGUUCUCUGGAUCAAUACAAGCAUGAAUUACUCCGCAUCCUUUAUCCAGUGUUCAUCCAUUGCUUCAUGGAUCUAGUGUCAGAGGGACACACACUAGAAGCUACGAUGUAUUCAUAUGAAUUACUCCUCCAGUAUCUCCAGAAAACACAAGCUCUUGUGAUGCUUGGAAUAAUCAAUGAAAGGAUAAUUUUUGAAGUAUCCGCUGGGCAACCUUCAUUGAUCUCUGAUGAUGCGGAUGCUGUUGCUCUUGUUGGAACUAGUAAGGACUUGGCAAAACAGAUAAAUCAGAAGGAAGUGCAUUGGGGGUUGCUUGAAGAUUCAGUCGAGGAGCGUAUGGAGAAAGCACUCUCAGAUUCUGAUAAAACUGAAGCAGACAGCAAGGAUGCAGAUGCAGAAGAUAAUAACAAGAAAAAAUCCUCAGAAGGUGGAAAGCAGGGUGGGUCUCUUACUAAAAAGCUCAAAAAGGAUAAGCUUGUAGGUGCAACAGGGAAAAAUACCAAAUCCGAAACAAGCAUGAUUUCUGCGGCACCUCGUGUGAAACCGGAGCUAACCCUUCCAGCGAUGCCUGUUGAAGUUGAACAAUCAAUGCUUGACGACCUAAGAAACCGUGUACAAUUGAAUAACUUGGCAUUGCCAUCUGUUAGCUUCUACACAUUCCUUAAUACACAUAACGGAUUAAACUGCUCAUCGAUCUCAAACGAUGGAUCAUUGGUUGUUGGUGGGUUCUCAGACUCAUCAGUAAAGGUUUGGGAUAUGGCAAAGAUUGGUCAACCCGCCAAAACAUCUACUUCACAAGGAGAGAAUGGAUCUUCGCAGGGUGAACACUUGUCAUCAACAUCUGAGGGGAAACGACCUUAUACAUUAUUCCAAGGUCAUUCUGGACCAGUUUAUUCCGCUGCCUUUAGUCCAUUUGGAGAUUUUCUCCUGUCAUCAUCUUCAGAUUCAACAAUUUGGUUGUGGAGUACCAAGCUGAACGCCAAUCUUGUUUGUUACAAAGGACACAAUUACCCAGUUUGGGAUGUCCAAUUUAGUCCAGUCGGACAUUAUUUUGCCAGCGCCUCACAUGACAGGACUGCUCAAAUCUGGUCAAUGGAUAAAAUCCAACUUUUGCGGAUAAUGGCUGGGCAUCUUGCUGAUGUUGAUUGUGUGCAAUGGCAUGUAAACUGUAACUACAUUGCCACCAGUUCUAGUGACAAAACUGUAAGGUUAUGGGAUGUUCAAACUGGUGAAUGUAUAUGGAUGUUUAUUGGUCAUAGGAGUAUGGUCUUGUCACUGGCAAUGUCUCCUGAUGGGCGAUACAUGGCCUCUGGAGAUGAAGAUGGGACCAUCAUGAUGUGGGAUCUCUCUACUGGUUGCUGUGUUUCACCACUAGCGGGACACAACUCUUGUGUGUGGUCGCUUGCUUUCAGCUGCGAGGGAGCAUUGCUUGCAUCUGGAUCGGCUGAUUGCACCGUUAAACUCUGGGAUGCUGCGUCCAGCACAAAGGCCCUGAAGAUGGACGACACCCAAGCUGGUUCUACAAACCGACUGAGGUUGCUGAAAGCUCUCCCUACAAAAUCGACUCCUGUUUAUAACUUGCGGUUUUCUCGGAGGAAUCUCUUGUUUGCGACCGGCGCUCUCUCGUUAGGAUCCUAA